AUGGGCAAAAAAAGGAAGCGUCCCGUCAAGGACGACCGGCCACGCGAUCACCUGCCCAAACCUAGCAGUCCCCCGUCUCCGUCACAAGAAGAGAUCCCUGAACGUUCUCAUUCUCAUCCCGUCAUUUCUUUAUAUUACCCUCGGGUGGUGACGCUGAGGCAGUAUCUCCUGAAGCGGAUACCGGUCUCUUCCAAGUCACGUCGGCGCAGAAUCGCCGCGGUGCGUAAUGACUUAGCAUCGCCUGAUCUGGAAAGCAGUGGACUCGCGACCUUUCUAGAUACGACGCUCGUGGGCGUUCUGAAGGACUUGUCACCGAUUUCCGCUCGAAGUUCUACACAAACACGUACCGCCUCUCAGCUCGAUAGUACAGAUACUGGAGCAACUUCUGCCCAGGAAGAGAUUGUGAAUUCUGUCAUCCGAAGGUUAUUAAAAGAGAUUGGACCCUUAAGGCGAGCUCGCCAUCUCUUAACCCAUGGGUUCCAGCGAGCUUCCGGGAGGACCGGCGAAGUUCCUUGCAGUAUCCCUGGCCAUGUGGAACAGUUUCCCAAUAACAAUGUCCAGGUGCUCAAGCAAGCCCCAUGGACGGAUGUCCUGGAUCUUUUAGGGUACAACGGAAACGACAUCAUGUUCGAACUGUUGCGUGAUUGUGGCAUUUUCACUACUGUAGAUCCUCGGAAAGGCGUAUACUAUCAGGUCAGCGGAGUGCCGCUCUUUGCGUUGGAGACAGUCCAGAAGCCACUGCAAGCGCUUCCUGAGUCCGCUACCACCGGAAAGGACGAAGUGAAACCCUCGUCCACCAGAGAUGCUCCAUCAUCUCAAUACAAACCCAAUAGCAUAACCUUCCUGCGUCGACGAAUACUCUAUGCGCGUCCCGUGCUCGGUCCGCAGGGCAAGAUUCAGUACGGGUUGUCAAAACGCCAUGUCCUCAAUCGCCCCGGUUCUUCCGAUUCACUGUCUGACACUGUUCAUGUGAUGAAAUAUGUCUUUCCUAAGCAGUUUGGGCUGCGAAAUGUGUUCAACAGCAGCGGAAAUGCUUUUUUCGUAAAAGACUUCACCUCGCGUGAGGAGGAAAUCUCUAAACGCGAAAUUCAACAGCAAGCCAAAGCCCAGAAUUUAAAACGAUCUAAUUCACACAAACAAGGCAAUCCGGGCCAAUCGCCGCGGAUUCCGAAGAGGCUUCGAGGAAGGCCCGUGGAGUUGGUCCGACUGUUGCAAACUCGCCAGAGACACUGCUCCUAUUGGCAGCUACUGCAGUAUUACUGUCCACUUGAGUCCUCGGGUCCUUGGAAGUUCAACUCUAUCGAUACUCAGAAUGAGGUGUCGCAAGAUCCGAAAUCAUCAGCAUCAGGAAACUUCAUCACCCAACCUGGCGGUCCUAAUGGCGCACACACACCUACCGGGGCUCAGAUGAACCAAGAAGUCCAGAAACCCAAAUCCAAUAAUUCGAGGCCUAAACUCAGUCUUCUGGACUAUGCGACCCCGUCGUCCUCGGUGUCGGCUUUCUGUCGAGCAGUCCUUCGUAAACUAUUUACUUCAGAGUGGUACGGAGUCGGCCAACAGGGUAAUGUUAAUCAAGAUAUCAUUCUCAAGCAUGUUGAUCGAUUUGUACGUAUGAGACGCUUUGAGACUCUUACCAUUCACGAGAUUUGCAAAGGCAUCAAGGUUACGUCCAUUCCUUGGCUUGAACAUCCCAACACUGAAGGCCAGCAGAAAAGGCUUUCUUUAUCCGACUUGCAGAAACGCACGGAGCUCCUUCACGAGUUUCUCUACUAUGUUUUCGACUCGAUUCUGAUGCCUCUCCUUCGAUCCUGUUUCUACGUUACAGAGUCCCAAAGUCAUCGGGGUUGCCUGUUCUAUUUCCGACAUGACAUGUGGCAUCAGCUAACGCAGAAGCCCCUGGCUGACCUCAAAUCAUCCAUGUUCGACGAAAUUAAGCCAGAAAAAGCGGCUAGUAUUUUGAGAUGCAGGUCUUUAGGGUACGGCCUAUUGCGACUCAAACCGAAAACGACAGGCAUCAGGCCUAUAAUGAACCUAAGCCGGCCAAUGCUGGUAGACGGCAAAUGGGGUAAAAGAUUUAUGGGCCAAGGCGUCAACCAAACCAUUGCACCUGUUUACAGCAUGUUGGAUUACGAGCUUACGCGGAAGUCGGCUCAAUUUGGCUCGUGCAUGACUUGUGUAGGAGAUAUACACACUCGGCUCAAAGCCUACAAAGAACAAUGGGCAACGCGCACGAGUCAUAGUCGAUCGCCUUUCUACUUUGUCAAACUCGAUAUACAAGCCAGUUAUGACACCAUACCUCAGCAGAAAUUGAUUCCUCUUGUUGAGAACCUGGUCUCUGAGGAUAAAUAUUAUGUCUCUAACCAUCGUGAGGUGUCAGCGGCUGAUGAGUUCAGUAGUAUGUGGCCGUCCGAUGGGUCAAGACAGAGCAAGGGUCGACCAAAAUCCGCAGGUAGAGCAGGCCCUGCUACCGAAACCCAGUCUCUAGUGGAGACCCUCGCCAACGGCGGUGUCAGCCAGAGGAGAAACACUGUCUUCGUGAGUAGUCAGACACAAAAAGACUAUUCUGCAGAAGACCUGCUGGACCUCCUUGAUGAACACCUUCAAAAUAACCUGGUUAAGUUUGGAAGGAAGUACUUUCGGCAGCGUAAGGGAAUCCCUCAAGGCUCUAAGGUUUCUAGUCUUCUCUGCAAUUUGUUUUACGGCGAGAUGGAACGAGAUGUCUUGGGAUUUCUUAAUACACAUGAAGCUCUGCUUCUUCGCCUCGUGGACGACUUUUUGCUCAUCACUUCGAAUUCGACCCUUGCCAUGAAGUUCUUGACCGUGAUGGUUAAAGGGCAGCCCGAGUAUGGGGUCACCGUGAAUCCCUCAAAGAGCUUGGUCAACUUUGCGGCGGCGGUCGAGGGUACACACAUCCCUAGAUUGAUCGAUACUUCUUUAUUCCCGUACUGUGGGACUCUUAUCGAUGUUCGCACUUUAGAAGUUCACAAAGAUCAUGACAGGAUGCUCGAAGUCGGCGACACCACUGCAGCGGCCCUAUCAAACUCUCUGACUAUUGCUUCAUCAAAGACUCCAGGGCGCGCCCUUCACCAGAAGAUGCUUACAUCUUUCAAGGCACUCAUGCAUCCCAUGUACCUCGACACCAACCACAACUCCCUCGCUGUAGUACUAUCAAACCUAUACACCAAUUUCCUCACAACGGCUAUGAAGAUGUAUCGGUAUAUGCGGGCUCUCCGCGGCCGAAGCCACCCUACGCCCGCAGUGGUGAUUCGAAUCAUUGGGGACCUGACUGAGCUGGCAUGGCGACUUGUUCACACAAAGCGGCAGCCAUCUGACUCAACGUCAGACACGUCAUCAUCGGCGACGACCUGUAUCGCCUCGCAUUCCCAGCUCGAAUAUCUCUCGGCGGCGGCGUUUCGGCAUGUCUUCGGUCGCAAGCAAACCCGUUACCGAGCUAUCUUGAACUGGCUGGACCGGGUUUACAAAGCGAAUCGACUGAAAGCCGAUGGCAAGUCUGCACGACUGGCGCAGGUGGUACGCAAAGGCAACUUACUCUAUGGAGGCUGGCGGUAUUGAUCGGCCGAAGGCCUCUACUUAAAGCUACAAUACAUAUCUUGAAAAUAAGAACGAUUCUCAAUUGUAGCCAUUGUUUAUUUCCCCGAAAGUAAACAUGCUCAUGUGGUGCGAAACAAGUAGUAAGGGGUCGUGUGAGCAGUCAGUCCG